CACCGCCCCUUCCCCGAGCGGGAUGAGCUCCCGGAAAGUGCUGGCCAUUCAGGCCCGAAAGCGGAGGCCGAAGAGAGAGAAACAUCUGAAAAAGCCGGAGCCGCAACAAAAAGCUCCCUCUGUACCCCCUCCACCACCACCACCUCCACCACCACCUCUACCGGAACCAGCACCACCAGAACCAGAAGAGGAAAUUCUGGGAUCUGAUGAUGAAGAGCAAGAAGACCCUGCAGAUUACUGCAAAGGUGGCUAUCAUCCUGUGAAAAUUGGAGACCUUUUCAAUGGCCGCUACCAUGUUAUUAGAAAGCUAGGAUGGGGACACUUCUCUACAGUCUGGCUAUGCUGGGAUAUGCAGGGGAAAAGAUUUGUGGCAAUGAAGGUUGUAAAAAGUGCCCAGCAUUAUACAGAGACAGCCUUGGAUGAAAUAAAGUUGCUUAAAUGUGUUCGUGAAAGUGACCCAAGUGACCCAAACAAAGACAUGGUUGUACAGUUAAUUGAUGACUUCAAAAUUUCAGGCAUGAAUGGCAUACAUGUUUGUAUGGUCUUUGAAGUACUUGGCCAUCAUCUCUUAAAGUGGAUAAUCAAAUCAAACUACCAAGGUCUUCCCAUCCAUUGUGUAAAAAGUAUAAUUCGACAGGUUCUGCAGGGUUUAGAUUAUCUACACAGCAAGUGCAAGAUUAUCCAUACUGAUAUCAAGCCAGAAAACAUUUUGAUGUGUGUAGAUGAUGCGUAUGUUCGUAGGAUGGCGGCAGAGGCCACUGAGUGGCAGAAAGCAGGUGCUCCUCCUCCUUCUGGCUCAGCAGUGAGUACUGCUCCUCAACAAAAGCCUAUAGGAAAAAUAUCUAAAAACAAAAAGAAAAAACUGAAAAAAAAACAGAAAAGACAAGCAGAGCUGUUGGAAAAACGCCUUCAGGAAAUAGAAGAGCUAGAGCGAGAAGCUGAAAGAAAAAAAGUAGAAGAAAACAUCACUUCAACUAUACCCACAAAUGAUCAGGAAGAUGAAUAUCACCCAGAGGUCAAACUAAAAACAGCUGGAUUAGAGGAGGCAGCUGAUGAAGAACCUGCAAAUGAUGAUGGUGAACCUGAAGAUCAAGAGGAGAAAGAAGAUACUGAAAAAGAAAACACAGAAAAAGAUGAUGAUGAUGUUGAACAGGAACUUGCCAACACAGAUCCUACAUGGAUAGAAUCCCCCAAAACAAAUGGCCAUAUCGAAAAUGGCCCAUUCUUAUUGGAACAACAAAUAGAAGAUGAAGAAGAUGAGGAGGAAGAGUGCCCAAACCCAGAGGAAUAUAAUCUUGAUGAGCAUGAGCCAAAUGCAGAAAGCGAUUAUACAUAUGGUAGCUCCUAUGAACAAUUUAAUGGUGAUUUGCCAAAUGGACAACAUAAAAUUUCUGAGUCACAGUUUUCAGAGUUUACAGCUUCAAUGUUCUCUGGGGCUUUAGAAUCUGUGGCCUGUGGCUCUGCAGUUUCAGAGGGUUCAGUUCUAACUGAGCAAGAAGAAAAUAGUCCAUCUCAUGACAGGAGCAGAACAGUUUCAGCAUCCAGUACUGGGGAUUUGCCAAAAACAAAAACCCGGGCUGCUGACUUGUUGGUGAACCCCCUGGAUCCAAGGAAUGCAGAUAAAAUUAGAGUUAAAAUUGCUGAUCUGGGAAAUGCCUGCUGGGUGCACAAGCACUUCACAGAAGAUAUUCAGACUCGUCAGUAUAGAUCCAUAGAAGUUUUAAUAGGAGCUGGCUAUAGUACACCUGCUGAUAUUUGGAGUACUGCAUGUAUGGCGUUUGAGCUUGCAACUGGAGAUUAUUUGUUUGAACCACAUUCGGGUGAAGACUAUUCUAGAGAUGAAGACCAUAUAGCACACAUCAUAGAGCUGCUAGGCAGUAUCCCAAGGCACUUUGCUCUAUCUGGAAAAUAUUCUCGGGAAUUCUUCAAUCGCAGAGAUCACAUAGCAUUGAUCAUUGAACUGCUGGGGAAAAUCCCUCGAAAAUACGCUAUGUUGGGGAAAUAUUCCAAGGAGUUUUUCACCAAAAAAGGCUACAUAGUCUGCUGGAAUGGUUGCUGUAAUGAUAGCUGUGUGUUUGGGGAACUAUUGAGUAGUAUUCUUUUUGUGUUUAGACUUGAAUAA